GGACUUUUCUGAGCUUAUCACUCGGAACACUUGAUGCUCUCCCUCCUCUGCUCUUAAAAAGCCCUCCAAUGGCGGUUGACUGUUGGGUUCCAACCUCUUUUCUCCGCCAACAUGACAUCAUCAGCAGCCAUUAGUAUUCUCCAACCCAAACUCCAAUUCUUCCCCUGUCGUUUUUGCUCCCUCAAAUCAUUCAAACCCAAAUUUCCCAUAUCCAAACUGGCCUUCUCCGGUGGAUUAGACCCCACGAAAGCUCCUUCACGUAGAAACAGAGUCAUGGGUUCCAACAAUAGCAUCGUUGAGCUCACAAAUUUGCUCCCUUUUCGGAACAACGGCAACGAAGCUGUUAGGGUGCUCCAACAUGGGUCUGAGGAUUCGGGUCUUGUAUCCAAUAGGUUUGAAUCCACACUCAAUCGAUUGAGUAAGUGGCUUGUGUCUGGCGUUUUUGCUGUGGUGAUACUAUGUAGGCAUGAUGGGGAAGCUAUGUGGGCUGCACUGGGGUCUGUGGUGAAUUCCAUACUCUGUAUUGUACUUAAGAAGAUAUUGAAUCAAGAAAGGCCUGUUCCUUCUUUGAGAUCCGAGCCUGGAAUGCCGUCUUCGCAUUCUCAAUCCAUCUUCUACAUUUUUAUGUUUGCAAUUUUUUCAAUUGUGGAAUGGCUAGGGAUAAAUGAGAUUAGCCUGAUUACUAGUGCUCUUGCCUUGGCAUUUGGUGCAUAUCUUUCAUGGUUAAGAAUUUCUCAGCGACUUCAUACCAUGAGCCAAGUGGUUGUGGGUGCUGCAAUUGGAACCGUUUUCUCCAUUUUGUGGUACUGGUCAUGGAAUGCUGUUGUUCAUGAAGCAUUUACUUCCUUUUUGUGGGUUCGAAUAGUUGUUAUUUUGGGGGCAGCUGUGUUUUGUGCAGGAUUCCUUUUGUAUGUGAUUCGUUAUUGGAUUAGGGAUGACCGAUGA